GUUAUUGUGCUCUCCAGUAGAGCAGGACGCGAGGGGUGCAAGUGCCUGACAAACUACUAUGAAGGAAAGGAUCAAGAAGCAAGAUGUGUUAGGAUGGCUACGCUACGGAGAUGAUACUGCUGGAAGAAUGGAAGCUCAGUAUCUGCAUUGCUGAUUUAAUUGAUAGUCCCACAGACACAACAUCCUGGUUACUGCAAGCAAAUCCAAAAGUUUUCUGUAUCAUUAUUGAUCAAACAAGGCAAUGACAUCACCUGACCACUUAAAUUGAUUUUCACUGUUUAUUUUCUCGACACUAACCACUUCCUCAAAAGGCCAUGGAUGCCAGCUCAAUACCUCAGAUUAAUAUAGAGGACUAUGAUGGCCUUGAGGUUGCCCCAGAUGAUCAUUUGAGAAACUUGAAAGCAUUGACUGAGAAGCUCAGACUUGAGACCAGAAGGCCGUCCUAUCUUGAGUGGAAGGAACGAGUGGAAGCUCAAAGCUCCAAAGGUUUAGUCGUGUCAGAGGGCUCAUCAGAGCUGGAGAAAAGUGUUGGACUGAAGCCCAGCGUCACACCUCAGAAUCCCCAAGUGACUGCAGGAAAUGCCCUGAUUUCCAGAAGCCUUGGAGGGUUUGAUAAUAUUGACGAAGCUCUUGUUUGGCUUAGAAAAGAACUGAUGGAGAUGCGCAUCCAGGACCAGCAGUUGGCCCGCCAACUUAUGCGACUACGCGGAGACAUCAACAAACUCAAAGUGGAGCAGACGUGUCACCUGCAUCGCCGAAUGCUCAACGACGCCACCUUUGGUCUGGAGGAGCGUGAUGAGCUGUCGGAUCUUUUGUGUGAUGGACCCGUCACUCCAGGGUUUGGCCUCUCUUCACCACUGCGCCUCAUUGGUGUCACCAAGAUGAACAUCAACUCCAGACGCUUUUCCCUUUGCUAGCCAACUGCAAAAGAAAAGAAUCAGGGAGUCAAAAUUGACUACCCUGGUAGUCAGUGUUGAAGCGAAUAAUCUUAGACAACUGUUUAGGAACCCAUAAGAACUGUUGUCACAGAACAUCCUGUGCCUCUUGCUCUAUGCACUUGUGCCAGUGAAACCUUUUCAGUUAAUCAAAUGAACAAUAGACAAUGACUUCUAAAAAAUGUCUGA